AUGCCCUCUGCGAAGGCUCGAGAGGGCCGCAAGGGCAAGCGCUCAUGGUCUACUAGCAGCAAAGCGCAAUCUACGACCAGCACAGCAGCCACAGAUGCGAGCGACAAUGGCCAGAAGCAUCCAUGGAGGGCCCUUUUCUUCUUCACCACGAAGGCGAACAUCCCGAUACUUGUCCUGGGCAUCUCCUUCUCAGCGAUGGCCGGCGCCAUGAUUCCUGCAUCAGCCUACGUGGAGGGCAAGCUCUUUGACGGUUUCACGUCCUACGCUACCGGCAAGAUCAGUGAGGAAGAGUUUUUUAACAGGGAAAAGAAGUACAUCUUUUACUUGCUUGGGGUGGCGGGAGGGUCAUGGCUUUUCAACUUCAUGGAGAUGACGGUCUGGAUCGCUUUUGGAGAACUACAGGCGAAGAGCGCAAGAGAUCGGCUGUUCCACGGUCUACUGAAGAAGGACAUUGCUUGGUACGAUCUAAGGAAGAAUGGAAUCGGCGCCCUACUCCCACGAAUACAGGCGCAGAUCAGGGAGCUCCAGCUUUCGACAUCACAGCCGCUCGGCGCGAUAGUCAGUCUGGUCUCGACUUCGAUCCUGUCGCUGAUCCAGGCACUCUACAUCUCUUGGGAUCUGACUUUGGUCUCCAUCGCCAGCACACCGCUCAUCAUGGUUGCGGUGCUGUGGGCAGGCAGGAACAUGCAGAGGAGCUACGACUUGCAGCAGAAGAAGCUCACGGAGGCUCAGAAGUACACAUCCUCUGCCUUCACGUCCAUCGAGACGGUCAAAUGUUUCAACGGUCAGGAGAUCGAGCACGACAAGUACAUGAAGAAGGUGUCUGAAGCUGCACGGUUUUACUAUCGAGUGGCGAGCGCCAAUGCGCUGCAACUGGCGAUGUUCGUUCUGCUGUCGAUAUCGAUGUUUGUUCAGGGCUUCUACUAUGGUGGCGUAUUGAUCAGGGAGCACAAAAAGACCGUAGCCGAUGUUCUGACAACAUUUCUCUCGGCUAUUGGGGCUUUCCAGGCGCUGAACGGGAUCAUUCCAACGCUGCUGUUCUUGGAGAAGGGGAAGAUCGCUGGGUCGACAUUGAGGACCAUCAUGGCGGAGAUGCAGCGAGGGUCCAAUGUUCAGGGCGGUCAAGGCAUGGUUGCGCCGUCGAAAUGCUUCGGCGACAUUGAUGUCAAGAAUGUCACCUUCGCGUACCCUUCGCUUCCGCAACAGCUUGCUCUCGAUGAUGUGACGCUCUAUAUCCCGGGCGGUGAGAUGACGUUCCUGAUUGGAAAGAGUGGAAGUGGGAAGAGUACGCUCGGCCAGCUGUUGUUACGAUUCUACCGCUCGCAGACAGGAAAUAUCACGCUGGACGGUGUGGGACUGGAACAGAUCGACCUGAAAUGGCUGCGGACGAACGUCACGCUGAUAGAGCAGAGCAGUAAUCUGUUCAAUGAUACGGUGUUCAACAACAUAGCUUUCGGCAAGAGUGACCAUGGCAAAGUCAGCAAGCAGGAAGUGCUGGAAGCGGUGGAGUUUGCGCUGCUGCAGCUCAUGAUCAACGACAUGCCGAAUGGAUUCGAGACCGUUGUCGGCUACAAAGGAGGAUCCAUGUCAGGCGGACAGAGACAGCGUAUGGCAUUGGCCAGAGCAAGACUGAGAGAUACGCCAGUCCUGCUACUGGACGAGUCUACCAGCGCUCUGGACCAGAUCAGUCGAGGGCUGAUGAUGGACGCUAUCCGCCAGUGGCGGCGCGGCAAGACGACCAUUGUCAUUACGCACGACAUCUCACAGAUACAAGCGGAUGACUACGCCUACAUCCUCGAACAUGGCAAGCUUGUCCAAGAAGGAUACCGCAAGCACAUGGAGAUGAUCAGGGAUUCGCCAUUCCAGGGCUUCUUGCCGCCUGAACAGCGAGCUGCAGCGUCGCCGUACGACUCCAGGAAGCACACAGCCUUUGAGUCGAUCCGCACCAGAGGCUCCAGCCUAGACUCGCCGACGUACCGCUUCAGCACGAUCACAAAUGACCCCCUCGAAGCCCACCUUGACGCCAGCGAGAACAAGCGCGCGACAGUGCUGUUCAACUUGUUUCCGGACAAGAGGCCUCUGCCAGGACCUGGAGCGGGAGGCUUCACUGCUCCUUGGAUGCGCUUGGCUGCCUCUCCACCUUCGCCUGAGAACGCCGACACAAGCCCACAGAGAGCGUCUGGCUGGUGGGAUCCAAGACCGCUCAAGCCGGUGCCAGAAGAGUCCACGAGUGCCACGAGUGCAAAGCGGACCUCGAAACUGCUUGAGGGCUGGCUCGAUAGGGCGGGCAAGUCUGCAGCUGAAUCCAGGAUGUCUUCGACGGGGCAGAGACGGCAACGCAAAGAGAUACAGCCUAUGGUCGCAGUUGAGGAGCAGACGCAGUCUGGGACGACAUCCGUGACGGGCGAUGCUCCAGACGAAGAGGCCCAAGUGGUCCAACACAAGUCGUACAAGGAACUCCUUGCCACUCUGUGGCCGUCUAUCGACAUGUCUACUAAGGCUGUCCUCAUUGUUGGGUGCUACAGUACGACGAUCCACGCUUUUGGCUCGCCAAUCUUCGCCUUCGUGCUGUCAAAGCUUCUGAGGACAUAUGCUAUUCCAGGAGGCGACAAGAAAAAGGCACUGCUUUACUCCACGAUCAUGCUGGGACUCGCAUUCGUUGAUGCGAUUCACACCUACUUCAGCCACAUGUGCCUCGAGUAUGUGGGCCAACGGUGGGUUGACAGCAUCCGCUCGAAAGCGAUGAACAAGAUCCUGGACCAGCCUCGAGCAUUUUUCGACAAGGAAGAGAACGCCGUAUCUAGGCUCACCGGCAAUCUGGACCGCAACGCAGAAGAGCUACGCAAUCUGGUCGGUCGCUUCAGCGGUCUCAUCUGGACUGCCGCAGUGAUGUCUUCCGUGGCCGUCGUGUGGGCUACGAUAGCGCAGUGGAAGAUGACUUUGAUCGCACUCAUCGCUGCACCAUACAUUUUCGGCGUUACAAAGGUCUACGCGGCCGUGAGCGCGAAGUGGGAAAGCCACAGCAACAGUGCAGCAGAAGAUGCAGCGUCCAUCUUCACGGAGACCUUCACCAACAUCAAGACCGUGCGAGCGCUUACGCUGGAGCAGCACUUCGUCGAUAAAUACACCAAGGCGACGAAUUUCGCUCUGAAUGUCGGUCUGCGGCGAUCGUUCUUCGCUGGCUUCUUCUACGGCAUCUCGGAUUCUGCUGGCAACUUUGCUAUAGCUAUGGUGUUCUAUGUUGGUGCUCGGUUGGUCAAGUCGGGAACGCCAGUGCAAGAUGUGGUGCAGGUGUUCACCAUGCUCAUCUUCACAAUCACCAAUCUUGGUUUCAUCUUGGUCGCCAUACCACAGAUUGGAUCCACGAAGGACACAGGCUCUCGACUGCUGCGCCUAGCGGACCUUCCAGAAGACUCGCACGAGCAUCUUGGUGACACCAGGAUCACUACUGUUGGCGAUAUUGUAUUGGAAGAUCUGAGGUUCGCCUACCCUUCUCGCCCGGACCAAAUUGUCCUUCGUGACAUCAACUUGCACAUCCAGCCAGGCGCUUCGACGGCGAUCGUGGGUGGCUCCGGGUCCGGCAAGUCGACUAUUGCCAACCUUCUGCUGAACCUCUACGGCACGGACACGAGUCUUGAUGGCACCUAUCACCGUAAUGGCGAUGUGAUACUAGGCGGCCGAAGCAUCCAGCACAUCGACACAGCAUCUCUGCGUUCGCUCGUGACGCCUGUUUCGCAGACACCAACGCUGUUCUCAGCAACUGUGGCGGAGAAUAUUGCAUACGGUUUGCCUCCGGACUCACCUCACAUUUCUUCGUUGGCGAUACAGGCCGCUGCCGCCCAGUCUGGCAUCCACGAGUUCAUCGUCAGCCUCCCGCAUGGCUACGAUACACAAGUCGGCGACGGCGGUCUCGGUCUCUCUGGUGGUCAAGCGCAGAGACUCGCUGUCGCCAGAGCACUCGUACGCAAGCCAGCCGUCUUGAUCCUGGACGAGGCCACUUCGGCGCUCGAUGUCGAAUCAGCCAACCUUGUCCGCCAGACUAUUGAGAGUCUGGUGCGGGAGACAGAGAUGAAUAUGACUGUCAUCAUCAUCACACAUCACAGGGACAUGAUGGCGAUUGCUGACCAUGUUGUCGUUCUGGACCAAGGAAGCAUUGCAGAGGAAGGUGGAUUUCAGGAGUUGCUGGCGAAGAAUGGUGCUCUGGCGAAUCUACUAAGUGGUGGGGAGUGGACUGAGCAGAAGCCGCAGGCUAAGGCGAGGAGCAGGGGAGGGCCGUUCACGAAGGAGAUUGAGUGGAAGGGAAGGGGGAGGAAGAAGUCUAUUCGUCGGUAG